AAGAAACUUAUGAAGAACACAAAAAAAGGCUUAAUUGUGAACGACAACAACAUUAUAGAAAUAAAAAAAAGAAACUUAACACAGACAACAGAGACAAAUCUAUACUCAGUCACCAACUUGGAGAAAGAAGUGAUGCAACUAAUUUACAUGUUAAAAGAAAUGAAGAACCUGAAGAUACUACAAGCCAUAAGCAAACAAGAGAGAUGCUAAAUAUUAUUAAUGAAGAUAUUAAUAUUAUAACUUCAUCUUUAAAUCUUAAUUUUAGCCAUACUGAAGAUAAUUUAAUUAUUGCUUCUACUGUUCCCAGUACUAAUAUUUCUUCUGUUACAGCUCAAACCCAAAAACUAAAAGCACGUAUCUAUCUGUGGUCUUCAGUUGGCUUGAACUGUCACAAUCUAGGAAAUAUGAAACAUAGAUGUCGAAACUGCUGCUGUGCCGGAGGAAAAAUUUGCCUUCCACCUUUUCAUGACCUACCACCACCUUUAAAUGCACUUCUUACAAGAAUGGAUUCUGAAGCAUGA